GGAAAACAUGGCGCGCCUGUGGCUGGACUACGAGAAAGAGAUCAUGGAGGCGAUGCUCAUGGAGCGGGACGUCAUGGUGAUCCUGGCCAAAGGGAUUGGACUUCAGUCCAUUGUCGGCAAGUGCAUGGAACUAUACUCCCAGCCGACAAACCUUACGCUUUGCUUGAACGCAUCACAUGACGCCGAACGGUACGUGGAAGCGUUGCGCGCCCAAGGCUUGAGCAACGAGCGCUUGCCGCAGGUGAUCACAAACAAGUGCACGGUGCACGAGCGAAAGCUUAUGUACAAGAGCGGCGGGUGCAUCAUCAUCACGUCCAGAAUCCUCGUGGUGGAUAUGCUCAACCAUUCCAUCGACAUCUCGAUGAUCUCUGGGCUCUUGAUGUGCCACGCGCACAAGGUGUCGGACUCGUCCGUGGAGGCGUUCAUCCUGCGGUUGUUUCGAGAAGUGAACCGGAAUGGGUUUGUCAAGGCGUUUUCAGACGACGCAAUCUCGUUUUCGUCUGGAUUCAACAAAGUCGAGCAGGCGAUGAAGCUGAUGUACCUUCGGAAAGUCCUUCUGUACCCGCGCUUCCAUAUGGCUGUGGGCACGUGCUUGGAGCAGCACCAGCCCGACGUGUACGAGAUCCAAGUGGCCAUGACGCCGUUGAUGAUCGAGAUGCAGCAGGCGCUGCUGGUGGCCACCGAAGCCACGCUCAACGAGCUCAAGCGCAGCUGCAAAGACCUGGACGAGACCGACCUAACCAUCCAAAACGCGCUCACCAAGGCGCUGGACGUUAUCUUAAAGCGCCAGUUGACGUCCAUUUGGCAUCAAUUGCCAGCGAAAACCAAGCAACUGAGCGCCGACUUGACUCAUCUGCGGCAGCUGUUGUCGUACUUGACUCGCUACGACGCCAUUACGUUCUACAGCUACUUGCUGACCCAGAAGAAGCUGAGUGGCCAGCAACGCAUUCCGUCACCUUGGCUAUUCAGUGAAGCGGCCGAUCGGUUGUUUACUGCAGCCAAGAAGCGAUUAUACCUGUUGCACAAGACAAAAAAGGCCAACGAGUACGAUCUCCAGCUCGCUCUUGAACUCAACCCCAAGUGGGCGUCGUUACUCGAACUCCUCGGCGACUUCGAACCACGGCCAGCGUCGUCAUCCGGCAGAGUGUCUGGCGCUGAGACGCUUGUGAUGCUGCGGGACGACCGCACGGCGUCGCAGCUGCGGGAAAUUCUGUACAUGGGCGGCCUUGCCAUGAUGAAGAAGCGAUUCGGCAGAUACCUCAAGCACAAGAACGAAAGCAUGGUCAACAACCUGUCGUCGUUCAGUGUCGAACAGAAGCUUCUCCGCGACCUCGCAGCCACAUUGUUGAUCCCAGAUGUCGGAUCCCAUCACACGACCACCACGUCACAGGGCAAGCGCAAGGCGGCCGCCGAAUCGACCGAGUCGUUCGUUCAUGACGUGGCGUCGUAUGGCAUGCCGCUGGACGAAUUGAUUUACCUCAGCUCCCAGCAAGACGCAAAAAAGCCCAAGCCUUCUGGUCACCUGGGUACGCUACCGCCACAGGAUCAACUGGUGCUGUGCACGUAUGCUGAAGCGGACAAACUCCCCAACCUCCUGGACGACCUGCACCCAUCGCACAUCGUCUUGUACGAUCCGGACGUCGGGUUUAUUCGGCAGCUCGAAGUGUUCAACGCUUGCAACUCUGCCCACGACAGCCGUGGGCAGCAGCACCCCGUCCAAGUGUACUUUAUGGUGUACGAAAAUAGUGCGGAACAGCAAACGUACUUAACCCAAGUCAAGCGCGAACAUGUACUUCCAUGUCCUCUCUACAUAUAUCUAGAAAACUACGAUCGUCGUUGGAUGACUAGUAUUACUACUAGGACGCAUUUGAGCGAUUGAUCCAGCAAAAGGAGCACCUGGUGAUCCCGUUGAACGUGUUUGACAUCCCAGCGCAUGUUAAAAGGAAGAAGCAGUCUGUACAGUACAGCCUGGACACCCGCACCGGCGGCCGCGCCACGUCCGCCAUCUCGAGCCAAGUGGUGGUGGUGGACGUCCGCGAGUUCCGCAGCGCGUUGCCGUCCAUGUUGCACAAGGAAGGACUGGUGCUGCACCCUGUGACGAUCGAAGUCGGUGAUUACAUCUUGUCCCCGCGGAUAUGUGUCGAGCGAAAGAGCAUUUCCGACUUGUUUGGGUCACUCGCGAACGGCCGGUUGUUCAACCAAGCCGAAAUGAUGCUGCGCCAUUACCAGGUUCCAGUGCUCUUGAUCGAGUUUACCCCCGAGAAGCCGUUUUCGCUUCAAGUACGUGGUGGUGAUGUCAUGUAUGUGUGAGCUGGCUGGCGUACGUAGGAACCAUCGGACAUUCCAAGCGAUAUCAAACACUCCAACAUUUGCUCCAAGCUCAGUUUACUGGUGCUGCAUUUCCCCACGCUCCGACUACUUUGGUCGCGUUCCCCCCAAGGCACGGUGGACCUGUUCAAGGUCGUGAAGAAGGGCCAGGACGACCCGACGGUGGAAGCGGCGAUGGCGGCGGGGGCCGCCACCCCCGGCGACAAUGCCAACGCCAUCGACGUGUUGAGGAAGUUGCCCGGGGUGAACGACCACAACUUCCGCAAGUUGACCGCCCACUGCCGCAACCUGGCCGACCUGAGCUCGAAAUCCGUCGCAGAGCUCACCGUGUGGCUGGGCGGAGCGAGUGCGAAGAAACUGCACGCAUUUUUCAACCAUGUUGUCGAUUAGCUCGACCGAUCAACCAAACGACUGUGGAGACAAACGAUGUGUUAUUCCAACGUUAGUCAUGGCUUUGUACAGUUGGGGGCUGCUACUAUAAACUGUAACGAGGGUUCAUCCGAACUUCUAUUACUUCU